GGGAGAGAGGAGGGGGGUCGGGGAGGCCCGUCUUUAUAAAGGCGGCUGGAACAGCGCUGCCCGCCAGACCCCGCCGCCUGGAUCCCCUGCUUUGCCCGCCGCCCCACGUGACCGCGCCGACCACCAGCUCCACCUCUGAGCCCGCUCGCCAUGGCCCUCUUCGGGGCCCUGUUUCUAGCGCUGCUGGCAGGCGCUCAGGCUGAGCUCCCCGGCUGCAAGAUCCGCAUCACCUCCAAGGCGCUUGAGCUAGUGAAGCAGGAGGGUUUGCGCUUUCUGGAGCAAGAGCUGGAGACCAUCACCAUUCCGGACGUGCGGGGCCGAGAAGGCCACUUCUACUACAAUAUCUCUGAGGUGAAGGUCAUGGAGCUGCAGCUGACAUCCUCUGAGCUCCAUUUCCAGCCAGAGCAGGAGCUCAUGCUACAGAUCAACAAUGGCUCCUUGGGGCUGCGCUUCCGGAGACAGCUCCUCUACUGGUUCUUCUACGAUGGGGGAUAUAUCAACGCCUCUGCCGAGGGUGUGUCCAUCCACACCGCUCUGCAGCUCUCCCGGGAUCCCACUGGCCGGAUCAAAGUAUCCAACGUCUCCUGCCAGGCCUCUGUCUCCAGAAUGCAUGCAGCCUUUGGGGGAACCUUCAAGAAGGUGUAUGAAUUCCUCUCCAUGUUCAUCACCUCAGGGAUGCGCUUCCUCCUCAACCAGCAGAUCUGCCCCGUGCUCUACCAUGCAGGGACCGUGCUUCUCAACUCCCUGCUGGACACCGUGCCUGUGCGCAGUGCUGUGGACGAGCUCGUUGGCAUUGACUACUCCCUCGUGAAGGAUCCCGUGGCCUCCGCCAGCAGUCUGGACAUGGAAUUCCGGGGGGCCUUCUUUCCCCUGGCUGAGGGCAACUGGAGCCUGCGCAAUCGGGCGGUGGAGCCCCAGCUGCCCGAGGAAGAGCGGAUGGUAUACGUGGCCUUCUCUGAGUUCUUCUUCGACUCUGCCAUGGAGAGCUACUUCCAGGCAGGGGCCCUGAAGCUGUCGCUGGUGGGGGCCAAGGUGCCCCAUGAUCUGGACAUGCUGCUGAGAGCCACCUACUUUGGGAACAUCGUCCUGCUGAGCCCGGCAGUGAUCGACUCUCCGCUGAAGCUGGAGCUGCGGGUCACGGCGCCACCACGCUGCACCAUCAAGCCCUCGGGCACCACCAUCUCUGUCACUGCCAGUGUCACAAUCGCCCUGGUCCCACCCGACCAGCCCGAGGUCAAGCUGUCCAGCAUGACCAUGGAUGCCCGUCUCAGUGCCAAGAUGGCACUCCAGGGGAAGGUGCUGCGCACACAGCUGGACCUGCGCAGGUUCCGAAUCUACUCAAACCAGUCUGCAUUAGAGUCGCUGGCACUGAUCCCACUGCAGACCCCUCUGAAGACCAUGCUGCAGAUUGGGGUGAUGCCCAUGCUUAAUGAGCGGACCUGGCGUGGGGUGCAGAUCCCACUCCCCGAGGGUAUUGACUUUGUGCGCGAGGUGGUGACGAACCACGCGGGUUUCCUCACCAUCGGGGCUGACCUCCACUUUGCCAAAGGGCUGCGAGAGGUGAUUGAGAAGAACCGGCCUGCCAACACGGGGGACCCCCUAGCACCCAGUGCCCCGCCACCCUCCAUGGCAGCUGUCUGAGUCCUCAACCCCGACCCUCGCAGCUGCAUUCAGGACUCCACCGUCUCUCAUUCCCUCCCUCACCCCAUCACAGCCUCUAGUGUCCUCUAACCCCCAGUGCCACAGAGAAGAUGGGGUUUUAAGCUGUACCCAAUUUAAUUCCAUAAUCACAGUCAAUCCAUCAAUUACAGUCCGUCCACCCUCCCCGUGGGCUGUCCUGA